UCUCACUGUCCAAAGAAACAGGACAAUUUAUGAAACAUGUCUGAACCUGGAAUGCGUGGAGCUCCAUUUCACAAUUUUCACUCCUCACACACAACAACUCGCAAAGCACAAUACUCCAUCCCUUAUGGUUUCUAUUACGCCAUUCCGAGUUUUUGUUUCUUCGUUGUUUGUUGGCAUACAAAGGACCACACCCUCACCUUGUGGUUCUCCUUCCUCCUAUCUUUUUUCUUCUAUGGCUUUUCUCCUUUCAGUCUCUAUCACUGUGACACAUAUAUGAUUCACCUUCACUCACUAUAAUUUUUCGUUCUCUUUGUCUUUCUUCCAUAAGUAAGUUACUAUCUUCCCACCCACACACACACUCUCCAGCGUUUUUUUCUCAAUUGGGUAUUGUCAUUUACUGUGUUUAAUUGGGAUGUGUUGCUGUUGCACAAAUUGAGAUAUUGCAUGUGAAAUGAAGGCCAGACAUAUCUCAUUCUUCUCUUGAUCUUUCUGAUGGCACUCGCUGCAAACAAAGUUUCAAGCAGUCCUAUUGUGACUAAUAGAACAGCUCUUUGUAGAUCAGGUGAAAAACACUAUUUUUCCUCGUCAACAAGGGUCAAUAGAAUACAGUUGUCAAGACAUAGACUGGAACAUGGACAUCUGAACUAUAGAUGUCUCCACAGAGAGAGAUCAACCUUAUUCAAUGACUGGUUUUGGUUCAUUAACGGAAAACCUGUUGGUUUGAUCUCCAAGAAGAAAUCUUCUAUCUCAUGUAAAUCAACAGGAGCAAAUAAUACUGAAGAGAAAGAAUGUAUUACAACUUAUGAUGAUGUUUCCGAUUUAACUAGGGUACAUACCAAAGAUGAGAAAAAUGAUCACACUCUUGUUGUUCAUGGCUUGGCUGAUGCUUGUAGAUUCGUUUGUAAUGAUGCAAAGUUUCUCUCACGUGGCAUAAUGAGGAUGGAUGCUCGUGCACGCCAAGAUGUUGCUUUUCUUGGGACUGAAUUUCUCAAACUUGAUGCUCGGGCAAGAGAGGAUACUGAGAAAAUUGACCGUGAUGUCAAGGAAAAAGCUAGCCGACUUAGUCAUAUUGCUACUAUAUUGAAAGAUAAAGCUCAGUCCAGAUUGAAAAAUGCUGCUGAUGAGCAUUGGAAUGAUGGGGCCUUAGAGACUGAUUUACGUCUUGCUGACUUCCGUGCUAAGCAACGUGCAAUGGAAGAUGCCCUUAUGGCCUUGGAGCUUAUCAAAAACAUCCAUGACAGGAUGGUGAGCAAGAUGUAUAACUUUCCACUUCGCAGAGAUAAAGGAUCUCUUUCAGAAAAUAAUGUAAGAGGUCGAAUAAUGCUUGAAAAGAAUGGAAAAACCACAAAUUCCUUUCCUGGGGAUGUGACCACAGAAAGGAUUGCUGCUCUUCAGGAAGCAUACUGGAGUAUGGCGUCAGCACUUUCUGAAGCAGAUGGAAUCGAUUACACUGAUCCUGAAGAGCUUGAGUUGUUGGUCAGAACUCUUAUAGAUCUGGAUGCAAUGGAUGGUAAACAAAGUGUUUCUUUAUUGGCAGAGUGUUCUAGUUCCCCUGAUGUCAGCACUAGACGAGCUUUAGCAAAUGCAUUGGCAGCAGCACCAUCCAUGUGGACUCUUGGAAAUGCAGGGAUGGGGGCAUUACAGAGACUGGCAGAAGAUAGCAACCCAGCCAUUGCUACCGCGGCAUCCAAAGCUAUUUAUGAACUGAAAAAACAAUGGGAAAUAGAGGAAGGCGAUAGCUGGAGGUUCAUGAUGGAUGAAAACACCAUGGAAGAAAAAGGAAGCAUAGAAUCUGAUAAUGAAGAUACCAAAUGAGAAAUAUUUUAAACAUUGCACUGUACAGCAUAGUUGCCUCCCAAGUAUACUAACUAGUAUAGGAUUGACCCUCGUAAUCACUAGAAAGAAACUACUUCUAGUGUAAGAUGCCAAUAUGCUGUUCAUGUGCAUCAUAAAAUGCAGUUCUUUCCUCACAUAUUCAUAGAUCAUAGAUGCACAUUUGUGAUUAUACUUGUUUGUACGAAAGAACUCAUAUAUUGCUGGCUAAAUAUAUAUGAUGGAGGCACCUAACAUGCUGCAUAGUGGGGCUUGUUGGUAGUAGUAUAGUACCAAGGUUGUUUGACCAUUGUAUACAUGCAAGCAAUAGAGCAAUUUCGUCCCUUGAUGUUAGAUUAUUUGAAUAUUAUUAGACAAAAGGAUUGAUGCAUAGUACAUUCAUUGUUGAAAUAAACGUCAACAAAGAACUGGUA